CCCUCGAAUACAAACAGAUUAAGUUUGGUGUACUUAAGAAAGAUUGUCCACAACACUACUUGGUUAAUAAUCUUUUUGAAUUUGCUAAAUACUUCAUUCAUAAAGGCAGAUUUCUGAAAACCCCCGUCCUUUCCUCAUUUUACUAAUGAACUUAAAGCUCUAGCUGCUUCGCUUUGCAUCCUUUCAAAUGGAAAAGCUUCUACAGUAGCCAAUUUCUUCAUUGAAAUAAGUGUACUUUAGCUCCUUUACCCCUUGCAAGAACUGAUUUAACUUUUCUUUUUUAUUUUCUUUUCUCUUUUUUUUGGUUUUGUCUUUCUUGAUUGUAAAUUUGAUUUGAGACUUCGUUACUGUUAUUUAUUGUAUUUUGCAAUAUGUCUGCCUUUGAAAAUUGUUAGUUAAUGUUAUUUGUUCAAUACCUAUUUUGUCUGUAAAAUUUGAUUCAAUAAUAAAAAAUAAAAAAUAAAAAAAUUCGGAACGAUAGCGAAGGUUAGAAAUGACGUAAGGAAGUUUACUUUAGGGACUUGUAGUCUUUAGGAAUGUUAUGUUGCUAAUUAGCAUAUACACGUUUGUAGGGGUAAUUUAAGCAAAUAUGUUGACAUUCGUCGCCUUGUUUUGACGAGAUUUAAACGGUUAUCAAAAAGGUGGAGUAAGUCUACAUGAACCACAGAACUUAUUUUACGCGAUUCUAAAAUCCCUUAUGGGAAUAAUGAAUGGGGAAAAUGCGAAACGAACCGGAAAUUAGCCAGUAUAGCACUUUGCCGCUUGGUUUUAUGGGGAUUAUGACGCGUCGACUAUUUCGGUCUAUUUUUUUUACAAAAUUAUGUUGGCACCGGUUGUCACUGUCGCAAACGAAAACAAACACAGGUUACGUUCACAUCGACAAGGCUCCUUGGAGAUGGCAGAGUUGAGAUGUCGGAAAACAGUGGUGAGAGAGGGAGAAUGUGAGGGCGAGGAACAAAAGCAAUCUGAAUCUGCACCCCAAAUUGAAAAUAGUAUUAAAGUGGACAAGGAUAGUCUGAUGGAGAUGUGUUCAAAGAACACAAAUGGAGCUGGUGGAGCUUUCUGUUGCAACCAGGAGGAACAGAAAGAUGAAAAGGAGGAGAAAGAGAAAAAUAUUAAAGAGGUAGCAGACGGUCAAAAUCCCUGUCCUGUCAAAAGAGCCCGGAACGCUUGCAGAUCACUUUUGUUUCAGCGUCUAGUGAAGUUGUUCUUCGGAUGCCUGGCAGCUGUUACAUGUGGCAUGAUGUAUGCUGUGUAUCUCUCUACCUACCAUGAAAGGAAGUUCUGGUUUUCUAGCAGACAGGAGCUGGAGCGGGAAAUCACCUUCCAGGGUGGCAGUGGAGUCUACUAUUACUACUACAAACACAUGUUGACAGCACCCUCCUUUGAAAGAGGGAUAUACGAAUUGAUGAGGGACAACCGAACCAUAUCCGGUCAGACCAUCAACACAGUGGAGCAUCUGUCUCUUUACCCAGAACUUGUUACUAGCCUGCUUUACAGAAUUACUGGAUGCCAGGAUAUGAUAGAGCCAGUUUACUUCUACAUUGGGGUAGUGUUUGGCCUGCAGGCUGUCUACAUCACUGCCCUUUUCGUGUCCAGCUGGAUGUUGAGCGGCACCUGGGUGGCCGGCAUGCUGGCCGUGGCUUGGUAUAUCAUCAACCGGCCAGACACAACCAAAGUGGACUACGCCAUUCCUCAGAGGGACAACUGGGUCUUACCAUACUUCUCCUGCCAAGUUGCAGCCUUAACUGGAUUCCUGAGUGAUAACAUUAACUCUGCCACUGAGAUGUUCUGUUAUCUCUUAAUGAGUGCCAGCACGUUAACCUUCAUCCUGGUGUGGGAGCAUAGCCACUAUGUGCUCUUCAUUCAAGGUCUUGCCCUGUUCUUUCUCGACUCCUUUGAUCUGGUGCAGUCCCGCAAGAUGGCUGACAUUCACAAAGUGUACCUGAGCUCUCUGUUUUUGGCCUAUGUCAUCCAGUUCCAAAACACUGCCCUGCUCAGCUCCCCUCUGCUCAGCCUUCUCAUCAGCUCCGUUCUAGCGAGGUACUUCCAGCAAAACAUGAAGAAUGGCCCCCUAGUGGCCAGGGUGAUGAAGAUCUUUUUGCAUUUCUACCUGUCUUUUACCACAGGGAUCACCUUUAGCUAUAUGGUUAAGCGACUAAUGCCAGUCGGUGACAGUGACUUCAUUUUGAAAUUUCUUGAAGUGAAAUUUGGACUGAACACAACAACAGACUUUGUGAUCAACCAGCUGCUUUGUCAAGAAUGCUUCCAGACUCCCAGUCAAGACUUUUUCCUUAGACUGACUCAAGCAUCCAUCCUACCUUUUUACCUGCUGGUCCUUCUCAUCUGUCUGAUGUCGAUCCUGGAGACAAUCUACAGACGACUCAGUGGUGAGCCAAUGAAAACCAACAUCAUACUGGAAGAUGGACGGAUAGGAGAGCGCCCUGAGGUCAUCUACCAUGUUUUCCACACAAUGUUGUUUGGUGCUCUUGCUAUGGUCUUUGAGGGGAUUAAGUAUUUGUGGACUCCAUACGUCUGCAUGUUCACAGCAUUUGGUGUAUGUUCGCCAGAGCUUUGGAUGACUGUAUUCAGGUGGCUUAAGCUGAAGUCCAUCCACCCUGUGGUACUGGCCUUGGUAUUGAGCACAGCAGUUCCAACCAUAAUUGGAUUCAGUUUAUGGAGAGAGUACUUUCCUCAUGUCAUAGCUGAACUCUCAGAGUUGCAGGAAUUCCAUGACCCUGAUACAGUCGAGCUAAUGACCUGGAUAAAGACCCAUGCCCCUAUGGCGGCAGUGUUUGCAGGCAGCCCGCAACUGUUGGGUUUGGUGAAGCUGUGCUCAGGUUUGGCAGUUACCAGUUUGCCUCUCUACUCAGACAUCAACCUGCAGAAGAGGAGUGAAGAUACAUAUCAGGUGUACGCAAUGAGGUCUGCAGAAGAUGUCUACAAGAUUCUUUCUCUGCACAAGACAAGCUACGUUAUCAUCGAAGAGUCUCUGUGCAACGAAUACCAUAAGGGUUGCAGGAUUAAAGACUUGCUGGAUAUCGCCAAUGGCCAUGUUUGUAUUAAACACCACUCCUUAUACAGCAACCAUACACUUUUUACACACUUUGAUAAUAUAGGUAACAUAAAUAUAGGCUACAUGCAGUACAUGAUAUUGCUUUCUUGCAAAUUACAUUUCUUUCUGACAUUGGUUGUUGCCCUCUGUCCUCAACAGGUGGUAUAUGAUAAAGGCGAGAUCUACUCCUUCUCCAAACAUGGGCGAUUCUGUCAUGAGAUAAAAUUGAACUACUCACCCUAUACCAAUUACUUCUCAAGGGUUUUUUGGAACAGGUCCUAUCACAUCUACAAAGUCAACUCUGUCAUCUCCUUCCAAUAUUGAAAAAAUCAUCAGCCUAACUCCUGAGCCAAGACUGUCUUCUGUCUUUACAAUGUCUUUUCUCCUAAAUGGAUGCAAUACAACCCCUUUGCAGUUGGUGUUAGUAAAGGGUCAUGCACAUAUAGGUACUUUGUUUUUGCUCAGAGGAAUUAGCACCUCUCUCAGACGAGUCCUGAAUAGGGAUCAUCACAUUCAUACUUGACGUUCUCAGCUGCAAAUGCUAUGUAGAAGAUACAUUUUCUGCAAGGAAUACAAAGUCCCCCUUCCCUAUUGCCUCCUUAGUUGAAUAGAGUUUUCUUAUUGGCCCUGAGGUUGGACAGUCGCUAAAGGCUUUGCUGCUUUGUGUGUGCAUUUGGCUGCGCUUCCCUGUUUGCUUCUAUGGGAUGAAAAAGGAGUUGAUAAGGAUGAGCCAUGCCCUAAAGCCUGGUGAGACAGUGGAGCCAGCUCAAAGCAUUUAUGUUUCCUUUCAAACUUAAGACCUAAUAAUCUGAAUGCCUUUAGUUUUGAUAUAAAAUGUUAAUUCUUAUUCCUACCUGUUUAAAAAAGAAUAUCCAUUGUUAAACUGAAUGCAUUUCUCUGAGCAGUUAGUAUGAAUAUAAUUUCUGUUGACAUGAAAUUUAAUCCAGUAUUUGUAUUAUUUACUUUAUGUAGUAACUUUGUUCAUCUUUAUCAACAGCAAUACUUUCUCCCAUGUAUAUGCUUAUUUAGGCUAUUAGUGUGUGCCACUCUAAAUGGUUGUCAUUGUUUUCUUGUUUUUGCUUUUUUCAAGACCUCAAAAAGUUGAUGAGUUAAUAAUUGUAAAGAAUAUAUGAAGUCUAUCCACUGUUUUUAAAAUAUUUAACUGAGUAUCUUUGCUGAAUUCAAAUGCAUUGCAAAGCUGCUGUGUGUUGUUUUUCUACAGAAAUGCCAAUGCAAAGAAUGCUUGCUCAUAUAGCUGACCAGAAUCUGGGCUCUGUGACCCCGUAUAAGUUUUAGCUUAGUAGAGAAACACAAUUAUGUCUAUGCAUCUACGAAUAGAUUGUCUGUAGUAGCUAUUCUACACUUGUUGGGUCCUUCAGCUGCCAUUAUGCCAAAUUGAUAUUGUGAAUGAUGGACAUGUCAGCAGAAAGUCAGCAAACAUACCUUUUUAUGUUUUGUGUCGUGCGUGCGUGUGCACGUUCGAAAUAUUCAAACAGUCAACUGGCUAGUAUGUCAGCUGGUUCCCAGCCCACAGUUGGCUGCAUAUUGAAUUCAAAAGGAGUUGGUUUCAAGUGACCUUUUUCUAUAUAUAUGAACCUAUAUAUUGAAGAUUUGA